CCCCGUCUACCAACCUCGCAACCACUCCUCGCCUCGAUUGACCGCCGACCGCCGACCCCGACCCCGACCGCCGACGAAACCAUGACGGGCACACCGCCAGACGCAGAACCCGCAGACGCGCGCAUCAGCGCCUCAGACGGACGCUCCUACUGGCAGUCCAUCUCUGCCGACGUCAACGGCAUGCUCGGCGGGUACUCUCACAUCAGCCACACCGAUCUGGAGGGCUCGCGUGCCUUUCUCGCCAAGCUUGGCAUUGGUACCAAGACCGGUCUGCGGACGGUCAGUCGUGCUCUGGAAGGAGGGGCUGGCAUCGGUCGCAUCACCCAAGGCCUCCUCCUCGACGUGGCCGAGGAAAUGGACGUGGUCGAACCGAUAGCCAAGUUCACCGCCUCCCUCUCCGCCCACCCGGGCGUGGCAUCCGUGUCCAACAUCGGCCUCGAGGAGUGGCAGCCCGAACCGGACGUCGUCUACGACCUCGUCUGGAACCAGUGGUGUCUGGGCCACCUCACCGACGGGCAGCUCGUCGCCUACCUGCGCCGGUGCAAGGCUGCCCUGCGGCCCGGCGGUGAGGCCUUUAUCGUUGUGAAGGAGAAUUUGAGCACCAGCGGUCGGGAUCUUUUUGACGAUGUUGAUAGUAGUGUUACGAGGUGCGUUGCUUGGUUUGGGGAGGCUUCCUUUUUUCCUUUUUUCCUUUUUUUUUCGGGAGGGAGAGAGAGAGAGAAACUGACACCAGCAUGCGAACACACCGUACAGGAUCGAUAAAAAGUUCCGCGAUCUCUUCGAAGAGGCUGGGUUGGAGCUCGUCCGGACGGAGCUACAGUCUGGCUUCCCGAGACACAUCUUCCC